AUGGAACUUCCGCCAAGUCGGCAUUGGCUGCUUCCAUUUCACCGAGCCAUACUACACCGGCUUAUCCCCGAUGACGACGAGUUGCGUGACUUGCUAGUUGUGAUUGCGCCCGGGCUUGGCCUUCGAAGAGUUCUAUCUACCCUCCUGCGAGUUUAUGCACGUCCGACAUGUCUUGUCGUGGUAGUGAACGCAUCAUCAAAAGAUGUCAAUGGUAUCAAUCAUGAUCUUGGCACUCUGGGUCUUGGGCAUAGUGCUGUUCGCGAUGUGCACCACGAAAUGAGUGCGAAGCAAAGAGCAGAUGUAUAUGUAUCGAGUGGAAUUGUUAGUGUCACAUCUAGAAUUUUGAUUGUUGAUAUGUUGAGCAAAAGAAUACCGAUCUCUCGAAUUACUGGCGUGGUUGUGCUGCACGCAGAACAAGUUUCGCCUGUAUCGAUUGAGGCAUUCAUUCUGCGUGUUUAUCGACAAGAGAACAAAGACGGAUUUGUCAAGGCUUUUUCAGACAAUGUUGAACAAUUAGCGAACGGAUUUCAUAAACUACAAACAAUUAUGUCGCAGCUCCGUUUGCGCCAAGUGGAUAUAUGGCCACGAUUCCAUCAAGAUAUAGACAAGGAUCUGGUCAAAAGACGUGCUGAUGUGAUUGAAUUACAUCAGCCAUUGACACCUAGGAUGGUGUCCAUUCAAAAUGCCAUCAUCGAGUGCUUGGAAGGCACGCUUCAUGAAAUCAGGUUGAGCAAACUUGCAGCAGAUAUGGAAGACUUUGACGUUGAACAUACUAUGUACCGUGCGUUUGAUGUCGCCGUUCGCCGGCAGCUUGAACCCGUUUGGCACAGGCUUAGUCCUUCCACGAAGCAAUUAGUGGGCGAUCUAAAUACUUUAAGACAUUUACUUCAUGCGUUACUGUCUUAUGAUUCCGUGUCAUUUUAUAUUUAUCUGGAAACGAUCUUGGCUUCAAACGCACCCUCUACUGAAGCAGGUGCUUUCCAGCGACAAUCUCAAUGGCUCAUGACUGAUGCAGCAAAUAUAAUAUUUCAUGAAGCAAGAGCCAGGAUUUGGGGUGAGAGACAAGAGUGUGGUGAUACAGAGCUGGUCUUGGAGGAAUUGCCCAAAUGGAAGCUAUUAGUCGAUGUUUUGUACGAAAUCGAGCAAGAUAUCUAUACCAACAGGUCUGCUACCUCCAAUCACACGAUUUUAAUCAUGGCUAAAUCCGAUCGCACUGUCUCUCAGCUUCGUAUGUGGCUGUCGCUCGCGGAAGGAGACUUCAAGACCCCAGGUCGCUCAUACACGAAGGCUUGUCUUAAUGACUAUUUUGCCUGGAAAAAGAACCUCCAGUCAUUUCAGCAUGAAUCUCCGGGUAAAGAUAAUAAUGAAAAUCCAGCUUCAUCUUCGACAGCCUCAAGCACAUUAAAUGAAGCAUUGCACCGGAAAAUUAUGCGUUCAGGUGCACCUGCUCAUAAGCGAAGGCGUGUAAGAGGUGGUCUGCAGCAGGGGCCCUCCCGACCUAUCGUUUAUGAAAACGAACAAGCAGCUGAGUGGAAAGAAAAGGUGCCAAAUAUUGAAGUCGCUCGAAAAACAAGUCGUGUUUUGGAAAAAUCUGUCGAGGAAGAUUGGGUUGAUGAUUCGCUGGAUUAUUUCGGACUAAUUGAUUUGAGCCAUGUUGUGAUCGUACAAAGUUAUCAAGAUGACAACGACGACAGCCUUUUACAAGAACUACGACCUCGUUAUGUGAUUAUGUAUGACCCUAAUGCUCAAUUUGUGCGCCAGGUUGAAAUUUACCGAGCUACACAAGAGAAGACGCCAGAAUUGAAAAUAUAUUUUCUUCUCUAUACUGACUCAGUCGAAGAACAAAUGUAUUUGGCUGCAUUGCGACGUGAAAAAGAUUCAUUUGAGCGAUUAAUACGGGAGAAAGCAACAAUGGCGAUACCUUUAACUGUGGAUGGAACCCCAGCCGAGGAUGCUGAUCAACGCAUGGUUCGCAUGCUGAGCACUCGCGUAGCGGGAGGUCAACGAGCCUUGCCAUCAGUUCGACCACCAAGUGUUGUGGUGGAUAUGAGAGAAUUUCGCUCAAGCUUGCCUUCGCUUUUGCAUGCAGCUGGUCUUCAGGUUAUUCCAUGCACACUUCAGGUGGGCGACUACGUGAUUUCCUCUGAGAUGUGUGUGGAGCGCAAGAGCCUCAUGGAUCUGGUUCAAAGCCUCACCUCGGGCCGAUUGUAUACGCAAUGCGAAUCAAUGUCUAUGCAUUAUCCGUAUCCUAUAUUAUUGAUUGAAUUCGACCAUGAACGUGCAUUUACAUUUCAAGGAAUGGGUGAAACAAACCCUACUGGUUCUGCUCGGCCUAUCACUUCGCGAACAUCCUCUCUUGACUUGGAUUUGCAAUCCAAACUAGCAUUAUUAACAUUAUCAUUUCCUCGUUUGCGACUGAUAUGGUCUUCUUCGCCCUACGCCAGCGUAGAAAUCUUGUCUGAUCUCAAACAGAAUUAUGACGAGCCAGACCCUGCACAUGCUGCCGCUAUUGGCUUAGAUGAUCUGUCAGAACGUCACAGUCAAGAAAUGGCUAUUCAUGCCACAUCCAUGGAAAUGCUUCGUGCUAUGCCGGGAGUCACCGUAAAAAACUCCGCCUACAUUGCGCGAAAAAUCCCGCAUAUUCAUUCGUUAAGUGACGCGUCAGUGACAGAGCUGCAAGGUCUGAUCGGAUCCGAGCCUGGCCGAAAGUUGCAUGAUUUUCUUCACCGGCGUUUCAUCGCAUCUUAA